CACCAAUAAACGAAUUAAAGAAACAAUUCAAAGAAAAACACAUUCAAAAACCAAAAAGAGUACUACUUCUAAUAGCAACUAUUUCCACUCUAUUAAUUCAAGAAUUAAUGGAGAACUUUCACUACUCUAGAAGAAUACUUUUAUUACCAGCUACAAUACCACAAUACCACCGGGAGGCUACCAUGGUGCCGCCUCCAGCAGCCGAAAUCAGCCAUGAUCCAACUGACCUAGUACCACUUGGUAACAACGUCAACACAUUUGAUGCAAAUGCUAUUAUGGUCUUGGCCAUACUUGUAUUUGCCUUGAUCUGUUCACUUGUCUUGAAUUCCAUCAUAAAGUGUGCAUUAAGGUGCUCCAGCCUGGUAUCAGUGCCAGUGCCAGACUCAUCCUCAAACUAUAGAAAUCCUUCGGCAGCAAAGCUAGCCAAUACUGGAAUCAAGAAAAAAGCCCUCAACACAUUCCCGGUUAUAACAUAUACCACUGAAUUGAAACAUCCAGGGCUUGGCUCUGACUGUGUCAUUUGCUUAUCAGAAUUUGGAAUUGGAGAAAAAGUUAAGGUUCUGCCUAAGUGCAAUCAUGGCUUCCACGUCAAGUGUAUCGAUAAAUGGCUCAAUUCCCACUCUUCUUGUCCCACUUGCAGGCACUGUCUUAUUGAAACUUGCCAAAUAAUUAUUAACGGCGGGAGUUCUACUACGGUAACUAAUAGUACUUCAUCAGCAGCAGUUCAAGAAAUAGUAAUAAGGAUUGAGCCUCUCCAACGUGAAAGUGUCACAUCUAACAAUCAAAUAUAAGGUAGAAAAAUAGGAGUAGUAUCUCGGCUAUAUAUUGUUGGUUGUUAUGUAGUACACACAAUUAGAUCAGGAGCUUAGCUUUUAAGUUGAUACUUGGAUUAAUUAUUUAUUUUUUCUUGUUGGGAAUGUUUUAGCGAGCUAGCAUGCCGAAUCGCCAGUGUAAUUUUCAAAUGAUUCAUUAGACCUGCAAGUGUAUAUAAAAUUCAAACUUUACUUA